AUGAAGCCGCCGUUCCAGGACCUCAGCGGCGACCCCAACCCCGGCGAUUACGGGACGGGGCCGCAGGGCGAGGAGGUCAAGAAGUACGAGGUCGCGCGCCACGGCCUGUUCUUCAAGGACCCCGACAGCAAGCAAAUCUACAAGAACCACGCGCGCUUCCUGGCCACCCGCAACAACAGCAUCAACGGCCGCAUGUACAGGGAGGACCCCACCAUCAUUGCAUGGAACCUCAUCAACGAGCCACGCUGCGAGACCUGGCUCAAGCCGCAGAAUGCCGACUGCACGGCGCGCGUCCAGUCCUGGCUCGAGGAGAUGGCAGCGUUUGUGCGCAGCGUCGACCCUAACCACAUGAUCACCGUCGGCUCUGAGGGCUUCUACGGCCCCACCACCCCGGACCUGCUGGCCGCCAACCCCGGCCCCUGGGGUAUCGAGAUGGGCCAGGACUUUGUGAACAACACCAACAUCCCCCAGAUCGACUUUGCGACCGUCCACGCGUGGCCGGACAACUGGAUGAUUGCGCAGGAGGGUUCCUGGGAACCGCCGGCGGCUGUUGCGGCGGAGCCUGCCGCGGAUCUCGGCGGCGAAUCCGCAGCUGCGUCGGAGCGGCGCGAGGCGUCCGUCCUGAUGGAGAAGACGUCUGCGUUCCUCGACAAGUGGGUGCAGUCCCACAUCGGCGCGGCCUCCAAGCGCCUGAAGACCCCCAAGCCCGUGCUGUUUGAGGAGUUCGGGAAGAAGCUCGACGCCAACCAGCAGACCGCGGACGGCAUCCGCCAGCUGCGCGACCCCAUCUACGCAUCCACCUACGCCAGCGUUGAGAAGGCCAUCACCGGGGACCAGCCCAUCGCGGGCUCUCUCUUCUGGAAGUGGGCCAUCCCAGUCUUCAACAAGCAGGACCCGCGCGGCCCGUACGGCGUGCUGCCCACGGACACGACCAUGGCGUAUGUGCGGGAGCACGCGCAGUACAUGAAGCGCAAGCUCAACAGCGUGCCCCCGCGCCCCGCGUGCGGCCUGGGCGCGUGGUUUGGCGCCUACAACACGGACACCCAGGAGCGCUCCUGCGUGAACCGCGUGAAGGCGGCGGAGGCCUUUUACGCGCUGGCCAGCGGCGGCCCCCUGGCGGCGGGGGCGUUCACGGAGGAGGACAUGAAGCUGGCGCAAGCGCUGCGCGCCAAGAGCACGCUGGUGUUCCCCACGGAGGGCGCGUGCUGCAAGCCCGGCACCGGCGCGCACGAGACGGGCUGCACGGACGUGUAG